AUGGCUUCAGCAAAGGCUAUCCAGUUAUCCAAAGACAUCGAUGUUGCUCGUUGCAACGGAAAUUGGGCUGUGAUACCCGAGUUGGCAAGACGAUACAAGAAAUAUUAUUCAGAAGGAACAGUCUUGGAGCAGACCGUCUUGGCAGAGAUCAACCUUAUUCAACUAAUCAACAGUGCACGUUCCAGCAGCACGCCAAACUACCGCAUGGACGAUCCGUAUCAUAUUAGCAUGGAGGAUCGUUUGGAUCCAAACCUCGUCAAGCCAAUUCAAAGUCAACUUUUGGCAGCCAUUCAACUUGCUGAUCCAACAGAUGUUAAUGCAACUCAAAAAGAGUUUGCAAAGGUUGUGCUAGCAAGGUCCCAUUUUGAAUGUGGAGAAUAUGACAAGGCAGUCUCCAUCAUUGCACAACUUCAGUUUGAAAAGGAACAUGUCAGCCAAGGAUAUGGAUUCGUUUUAUUUUUGCAGGCAAGAGCUAUCAAAGCCAUUGCAUACGAACUGACAGGCAAUGAGGAAGACGCUGUGCAAACUUACCAAGGUGUUGGAUCAUUGAUAUCGGAGAACGCUUCUGUCAAGAACAAAUCACUCGUUGAAUGGUCCGAAGAAUCACUGUACCGAGCCACACUACUAGGCCUGAAGAAAGAGUCCUUUGUGAGCACAUCCUCGUUAUUGGAAUUCAUGCGUCAAUAUCAAAAAAUAACAAUUGGCCAACCCACCAUUUGGCGUAUGCAUAAACGUAUGACCAUCACUCGCCAUUCAUUGCAAUACGUAUCGCUUAUAUACCGCCAAGGCAAGUACUGUUUGCCUGUGAUGAAUGUCCCGACGACAAUGACAGAUGAUGGAGAGGUGGAUCCUCAGUUGCACCGACAUAUGUUUAUCAUUGAGCAAUCUCAACUGCACACGAUUUACGAAAAGAUGCUGUACCUGGAUGUGCCGCUACCCAAGGCAGGACAAGUAAAUCAGCGCGUGUUGGAUUUUGUGGAUCAGUUUGCCAGCGAUUUUGAUUUGAUAGGUGCCUCUGCGCAUGAUUUAAGAGGGUUUGUGGAAGCAUUGGAUAGAGCAUCUCAACGCACAUUCAAUUCACCCCUGAUUACGCGACAUUUGUUUCAUGCAUUGGUACGUUUGGGUGAGUUUGAGGAAGCGGAACAUGCGUUGCAGGCCUAUCUUUACUUGGUAGGUCUCGUUUCUCAUGGUUGGAAGGAGACACACCGUGAUGGACAGGCACUGGCAACAGACAAGACCGGCCUCAACAUGCCUGUUCCUGUAGCCCGACCGGAUAUCAGCACCGACGAGUUGGAUCAAACGCUGCCAGAACGUCGUGAGUCGAUUGUGGGUGAUAUAUCUACCAUCAAGAGCAACGAAAAGGAAGAGAUUGCAGAUACACUGCAUGUGCUUGUGGGUGCUAUCAGAAUGUACUGUAACGAUUUGUGUCGAGGUGUUGAUGCUGUUGAAAUGGCAGAGAUAGCAAAAGAGCUUCUUCAGAAACAAACCAAAAAAGAGCGCAUGUCGACAUUGCUGGACAUUGGUGCUGAAGUCUACCGUGCUGUUGGUGUUGCUUACGGGUUGCUAGGAUACCAAACAUUUGACCCUGAAUUAAGGCCCUUCUAUCACGAAAAGGCGCUUCGUUACCUCAAACACUCGGCUGAACUCAACAGCGACUCGUGGGAGAUAUACUACCAACUGGCCUUGCAGCAAGCGGACAUGCAUGCUAUUCGGCAAGCAGUUCAGUCCAUCACCGUUGCAAUUCAGCGGAAUCCCUCCCACAUUACGUUAUGGCAUUUGCUGACACUGCUCAUCUCUUGCCCAGCUCAAGGCGAUUAUCGACAAGCACUCAAGACAUGCGAAAUGGGACUACAGCAAGCACCAGAAUCCAUGGACGACGAUUAUGUGGAUGCAGAGCAACAUAUGAUGUAUCAAAUGACCCGCACCUUGUUGUUGCAAGCACUGCACGGACCAGAAGCCGCAUUGGAGUCUUCCGAAACCUUAUUUGCAUCUUACCGUAAAAUUGCCAUGCCCGAUAUUUCAGUAAGCAUUCAGUCUGAUUCUGCUUAUGGCGGUGCCCAUCAUGGUAUGAUCAUCUCGGGGUCCUUGGGCAAUCUCAGUGAGUUACAGACAGCGAGAAGAGGCCGAAGUGCAAGCAGUAGUAUGGUGCAUAACCCAUCUAGCGCUGAUAUCAUUACGUCAACGUCCACUGGCCAUCUAGGCUCGCGGUCUCAUGAUAAUGUAUAUGUCAGUGGUAGCGACACUCAAUUACUGACAGCUGGAAGAGCUCGCUCUACUUCCAAUUUAACUACUAAUCCAUCGCCCUUGGGGUCCGGUGCUGCUGGUAACCAAUUAUUGACAGUGCCUGACGAAGACGGCAAAUCACAGUUACAACAACAACAACAACAACAACAACAGCAGCAGCAGCAGCAUCACCAUCAUCAUCCUCAUAUUCAUGGACUGCAUAUUUUUGGAUCUAAAGGUUCCAGCAGUCGAUCCAAACUUCCUCACGACAACAGUAUCUACAGCACAGCCAGUGCCCCCAUGACAUCUCGAGGCAAUUUAAGCAAUCAAUCACUCCCCACCUCGCCGUAUGAUGUGAAAAGUAUAGCUGGCAAUUCUGUUGCCUCACUGCAAAGUCUCUCGCCAUCUGUGUUGAGCAUCCAAUCCAUCUUACAGCCCAGCAACGUCCCCAGCAAGCCUAGCACGCGCACCGUACUGAGAAAGAAGAGAUCUGAUCGCAUCUUGUCUGAUUUGUGGCUACUCACUGCCCAUGUUUUCAUGAAAUUGGGCAAACUAGACGAAGCACGUAAAGCAGUGGAAGAAGCAGAGAAUGUGGAUUGGAUCACCAACCCUCAAGUGUGGUGUGUUUUGGGACAAUUACUGCAGAGAGACGGUGAUCUUGAGCAGGCACAAGCGGCAUUUCAAAAGGCACUGGCUAUUGAUCCACAUGAUGUGAAUUGUCGUUUAUGGCUUGCAAAAUCACAUUUAGCACAACAGAGCCAGGAAAUGGCAGAAGGCAUACUGGACAUUAUGACAAAAUCCAAUGGUUGGGAUUGUGCAGAAGCAUGGUUCCACUUGGGCGAAAUUUACAAAAAUACAGAUAGAUUAGAUCGUACAAAAGCCUGUUUAUUUUAUGCUUUGGAAUUGGAAUCGACUACACCUGUUCAACCAUUUUCAGUGCUGACACGCUUUAUAUAA